UAUAAGAAAGAACAAGAGCGUGACCUGAGGACGCAUGCGCACAGUCCCAACAACAGUCAGUUCAGGCGGGUUCAGUCCACAAGCUAACGCCCAAAGAAUAUCAAAAACGGCCAAAAGCCACCGACGUUUGACUCCUGGUACCUAAUUUACUAAAACAACAUGACGCCUUGCGGGCUGCGAAGCUGGAGCGGCUCGUAUCCGGUAACCGUUGGCAAGUAAACUUUGGACCGGCUAACGUAAGUUAGCUUCAGUUGGAGCUGAAGCAGUGUUCACUUGUUCCUCGACUGACGAGGAGGACGAAGAUGUCUCCGGUGUCUGAGGUGGAGGCAGGAGGCAGGCAGGAGCUGGCUCUGACCUGGGAAGACUGUCUGUGUCCGGUCUGUCUGGACAUCUUCAUAGAGCCUGUCACCCUGCCCUGCACACACUCCUUCUGCAAGGGCUGCUUCCUGGAGUCGGUGGACAAGGCAACACUGUGCUGCCCCAUGUGCAGGAAGCGGGUCUCCAACUGGGCCCGCCGCAACAACAAGAGGAACACGCUGGUGAACCUGGACCUGUGGAACCGGAUCCAGACCCUCUUCCCCCUGCAGUGUCAGCGCCGCCUGAACGGCCAGGACGCUGAGGAGGACGACCGCACAGUUCCCAGAGAGUUUCCCAGGGUCUGCCAUCCUGGAGAGCUGCGGCAGGAGUACGAGGAUCAGGUGACUAAGCUGAUGGAGGAGCGGAGGGCUCAGGACGAGGAGGAGAGCAAAGCAAGCGAGGAGCUGAUCCAGAAGCUGCUGGCUGAGGAGCAGCAGCAGCUGCAGGAGGAGAUGAGGAGGAAGGAGGAAGAUGAGCGUCUGGCCAAGCUGCUGAGCAACCAGCUGAACUCCCAGGAGAACCUUCGUGUUCCCGACGUCGCUCCGGUCAAGAAGAAGGAAGUCGUUACGGGACACAUGGACAGGUUCCUGUGUCCCUGCCCUCCUCCAGGCUCCGCCCCCGGCUUCAUAACCAAUAAGGAGAACAUCCUCCUGAUGGAGGCGGAGCUUCACCCAGAGCAGCCCCCCCCACCGGUAUCAUCAAAGAGGAAGAGCUCGGAGCUGGACCCAAUGGAGGAGGAGAAGGUGACCUCCAAGCGAGUCCAGGUGUGCUCCCCGCCUGGAGAGGAGGCGGACUGGGAGGCGGAGCUUCAGGAGAGGCAGCAGCAGGAGGAAGACGACCUCCACCUGGCUCUGCUGCUCCAGAGGGACCUGGACCGGGAGGAGCGACGGAGAGCCACGGACCGGAGCAAGGGCUCCUCCGAGGCCUACCUGCUGCGCGCCAAGAGAGGUGACAUGGAGGAGGCGGGGCCAUCACGCAUACCUGCAGGAGGAAGAAUACGGCGAAUGCGCAGCAGGUCCAUCAGUAAGUCCGUCAGCAGCUCCGUCAGUAAGUCCGUCAGCAGCUCCGUCAGCAGCUCCGUCAGCAGUUCCGUCAGCUUCCCGUACCUGCGCUCGGUCUCCUCUGCCUCGGUGGUCAGCAGAGGAAGCAAACAGGCCACUCUGACCGAGAUGUUCACUCGUCCUCACUCCUGCUCCUCGGCCUCGGCUGCCACAAGAAACGCAAAAUAAAGGCAUUUUAUUUUGUAACCCGCACUUCCUGCUGAUCAGUGAUCACUUUCUCUUCACGGUUUGUUUCCUGAUGUUUCUGGGAUCAUGUGAUCAAUCAAGUGACACUCUGACUCAACGGCCCCCCCUGGUGGUCACAUCACCGGAAGUAGGACUGAUAGGCCGAAUCUGCUAAACAUUUAAUCAGAUAAAAUCAGCAACAAAUCAGAACAAUAACUUUAACAGUUAUUGAUCUGAUUGGUCAGCAUAGGAUGCACUGAAGCUCCUCCCCCUUUAGCAGCUGGAGCAUCAACACUAUCAUGGUUGGAUCCUGCAGGGGGCGCUGUGAACUGUUCUUGCAGGAUUCAGACAUUUAUCAAAACUGUUUUGUUUUUUUGUUUGUUUGUUUUCUCUCAAAUUUUAGUUUAAAUACAAAAAUGUCUGAUUAGAAAUAAAAGUUCUGUUAAGUUUC